GUUAAUUAUGUGGCAACUCACUCUUGGAUUAGUGUUAAAAGCGUUGGGAAUGUUUUUAUGAUGAACCAUGCUAACGGGGAAAAUGAAAGACUGGAAGCAAAUCAAUGUGAACAUGAUGAGGACAAGAAAGCUGAAGAUGGAAUUUUGGGUGACAGACAACAACGUUUGUUUACAGAGAAUGAGUCCAGGAUCAACAGAAUAGUUGAAGAUGCGAUGAAUGGACAAGGCCCAACAAUGCAAGGCCAAGGUGUUCGCCAAGUAUCGCAGCAACAGCCUCAAGGGUCAUCUGUGCUUACUUGGGAGAGGUUUCUUCAUGUUAGGUCCAUCAAGGUUUUGUUGGUGGAGAAUGAUAAUUCUACAAGACUUGUAGUCACUGCACUGUUGCGCAAUUGCAAUUAUGAAGAGGCAAAUCAGUAUCCGGUUUGGCAUUUGAAUAUCGUGUACUUAGGAGUUAAUUACCGGAAUACUGUUCAGUUAAUUACAGGAAUACUGUUCUUUAUAAACAAACUAGGGGUAACCCGUGCCUGCAGGCAUGAUGCAUGUUGGCUGAGGGAUGAGGGGGUCGGCGAUGAGCGAGAGAACUGGGUCUACAGUGGGAAGGAGGAGAUUGACUGGUGGUGGAUGAGGAGUUCGUUGGGCUGCUGUAAUUCAGACAUUAAAUUGGUUUUGACAGUUAUUGAAGCUGCCAAUGGAGUGCAAGCAUGGAAGAUUUUAGAAGAUCUAACCAAUCAUGUUGAUCUUGUUUUAACUGAGGUAGUCAUGCCUUGUUUAUCAGGCAUUGGUCUUCUAUGCAAGAUUAUGAGCCACAAAACACGCAAGACUGUCCCUGUGAUUAUGAUGUCAUCUCAUGACUCAAUGGGUUUAGUCUUUAAGUGCUUGUCAAGAGGUGCAGUUGACUUUUUAGUGAAGCCUAUUCGAAAGAAUGAGCUUAAAAACCUCUGGCAGCAUGUUUGGAGGAGAUGCCACAGUUCUAGUGGUAGUGGGAGUGAAAGUGGUACACAAUCUCAAAAAUCUGUGAAGUCAAGGAGUAGCGAAAAGUCUGAGAACAACAGCGGUAGCAACGAUGAGGGGGAUAAUGAAAGCACUGGUUUAAAUAUUGGCGAUGGAAGUGAUGAUGGCAGUGGCAUUCAGAGUACUUGGACAAAACAAGGUGUAGAAGUUGACAGCUCUCAAGCAGUGUCUCCAUGUAAUCAAAUAGCUGACCGUCCAGACAGCACUUGUGCCCAAGUUAUCCGAUCAAAUGCUGAGCACUUUGUGAACAAAUGGAUGCCUCAGACUGCAACAAGGGGUUGCCAAGAACAAGAAGACCAACUUGUAAAUGUAACAAAGGGGAAAGAGUUGUUGACAGGUGAACUUCAAAAUCCAGCAGAGCUACCUGAGAAUCCAAUUGGUGUUCCAAAAGACCUUCUAGGUAGAAAGCAGAAUACCUUGUCUGAAUUAGAGUCUAAGGCAAGCAGAAGGAUUGAAAAGGGACUGGAAAAUCCUUGCGUUGGUUGUCCAUCCAAUAAACAAAAAGUAGACAUUGCCAGCAUGUUUGAUCCUCUGAUGAACAGCAGGGAAUUUGAGGCUCCUAGAGAAGUUGAAAAGAUUUUAGUAAACAACAUAGGCAUGGACGAUUCUAAGGAAUUACCCGCCAUCAAGCUUAGUUUAAAGAGGCUUAGAGGAGUUAAAGAUGGCAGCAACACAGUUCAAGAUGAUCGCAAUGUCUUGAGACGCUCGGAGCUUUCUGCCUUCUCAAGGUACACAACAACAUCAAAUGCCUUUAAGGCCCCUAACGCUGGAAGUAGUUCUCUACUUGACAAUAGCCUAGAGGUCAUUAAAAAAGAAUCAGUCUGCAAUACCAGAGCUCAUUCAGAUGGAAACAUUCUCUAUCCAAGCUCAAAUGGGGUUAGCAAUAUUAUAGACAUGGCCUCCACCACUAAUAAACUUUCUACUAACGUAUUAAUUUUGAAAGAUAAGUCGGAAGCAACAUCGACAAUCCAUGGUUUGCACUUAUCAUCUGUUUUUAAACCUCUAAAAAAUGACCUCAGAUGCACCUCACAGCAAGUAUUAGCAAAGGCUGAUGACGUGGUCACUCCACCAGCACUCGCUCCACUCUCACACCAGGAGGUCCCGAUUCAGCACAUUCAUCACCAUCAUCAUCACCAUCAUUUUCAUGACAUGGAACAAGUAGAGACACCAUCCAACCAUGAUGGUCCACUAUUGAAGAAAUCUGCUGCAGAUGUUCCACAAUGUGGGUCAUCAAAUGUGUUGAGUGGGCCUGUUGAAGGUAACCCUGGAAAUUUCAGUCUGAACAGAAGUGCUUCAGGCAGUAACCUUGGAAGCAACGGGCUGAAGGAAGGCAACACUGCCAUUAAUGCUGGAGGAACAAAGGCAGAAAGUGAGACUGGAUUAGCUGGGAAAAGUAGAAGUGUUGAUGCUAGUGGGAGCGGUAGUGGAAAUAGAAUGGAUCAAACUAAAUAUGUGCUGAGAGAGGCUGCCUUGAACAAGUUUCGGCAGAAGAGGAAGGAGCAAUGCUUUAGAAAAUGCAAAGCUAAAUCCCACGAACUGGGCAUGACAUUUAGGUUCACCAAACACUGUGCUGAGGGUGGUGAACCUACAUGUCUGGUAAGGGUAGAUACUGGAUACCUCUUUGAGACCCUUGUGCACUGGGUACGAUACCAGAAUAGGAAGAAAUUAGCAGAACAGAGGCCACGUGUUCGCGGACAGUUUGUUCGGCAUACAGCAAAUGACAGCUCAAACAGUGCUGCAGAAUGCUAA